CAUAAGUUUACUAGUACCCUAAACAGUAGAAAGACUCCUUAUAUUUAUGGUGUUCUACGUAAAGUUGAUUAGAAUUUCGAAACGCGUACAAGUAAGACCUACAUACUCACCGGCGAGAAUAAAAUUACGUAAUGACGGAUAACGUUAUACCGUAUGCUUUAACACAAUAGUCUGUCUCGAGCUUCCGAUACGGCUUUGUUGAGGGAUUUGAAACUAAUUUCAAAAUACGUAAACUCUGAAGUGCCACAUACUUUUUCGAUGUCGCAUUGAAUUUAUCUCGGUACUCUCUUACGAUAGAUACCUACAUGAUAUCUGUUAUCAAGAUACCUCAGUCAGCAUUGUUUGUCUAAAACGAAUGUUAUUGUCAAACACGCUGUGUAACCAACAAUAGCUCAUGUAAAAUUUAAUCAAAUUCAGUAUUCAUUCAAAUAAAACGUUUGUAUUGAUCAGUUACAAAUAACUCGUAGUGACGUGCGUUGAAAGGGAUCUAUGUGCGUAUAAUAAUGCAGUUUGCUGAACAGUAUUAGCUGCAUGAGAAUUACCAAAGACAUUGCCAAAUUAAAGUAGUACAGAUUAAAAUAAGUUUAUCUAAUUACGUCAAAAUGCCAGAAAUAGGGCCGAUGAUGCGCGCACUCGAGCUGCAGAGGCUGAUAGAGGACAAAGUGGCCGAAUGGCGCGAAAGGUCAGCGAGGGUCGCCGGAGCAACCGUAGCCGACGCUUAUCAACAGCCACUCAACUUCAAACGACACACAUAUAGACGUAAGAACAACGCUGAAAUAAACAGAAUUAUCGCAAAGUACUCAAAGCCCACUAAGAGAGCAGACGAACCCUAUUCGAUAGCGCGUGUCACUUCGGAAACGUCCCCAAAACGCCCACCGAGAUCUAAGAAAUUGACAAACACAAAAGUGUUGUCCAAAAGUGAAGAUAAUCUGGCAAGCAUCGGCGAAAUGGAGGUCGAAACGGAACCAAAACAAGAAACGAAGUCCUACUUCACACUAUCCAAGUACAACACCAAAAGUUGUGAAGAUGUCACAGCGUUCGUUGAUAUACAUCACCAUGUGAAAAGUAAAAAUUUCGAACAGAAUAGUAUUUUAAAUGCCAAAACAGUCGUGCCAAACCGAAGACCUAAGCUGCAUAGCAUUUGUGAAGGUGUUACGGACAUUUCGGAGUUCUCGGACAGUGGUUUAGAAUGUGGUGAUACGUCUUUUGUUACAUCAACGCCUCUGUCUAAAAGAAAAACGUGUCCUCCUGGUGGAUCAGUGUCAACAUUAAAUUUUGAAAGGGUUACCAAAAAACCCAACAGUGUAAGUGAGAUGCGAAAAGGUGUAUCUGAACCGAAUAUCCUUAGUGCAGAUGCUAGUGAAAGUGGAAGUUCAAAGACUAUUGAUUUUAGAAAGCGCUGGAAAAUGUUGAAGCCACCUUUUAAAAAAGGGGCUUUCGAUUGUUUACUGUUAUGGCGUGGGAAGAAACAAAACCCAACGACAGAGAACAACACCCGGAG